GAGUCGAUGCUGGUGGCGGACACGGAGACAGGCCGUGUCACCGCGGUCAAGCUGGCGCCGGCCGAUAACGAAUCAUCGACGGUGCUCACUCUCGAACGGACGAGUGGGUCAGGGACGAUGAGCGUUGUUGUGCCACAAGAUUUGCUGCAGAAUCUGUCUACAGGGGGCAACACCAUCAUGGUGAUGACAGAGGUGACGGAAGAGGUGACCAGAGGCAUACCGACGGGUGCUGAAACUGGAGACAAGGUAGUUCUCCAUUCUCCUGUGGUGGACUUCUCCUUCGUGAACGAGGUCAGCGGCACCCUCCGGCUUGUGGAGGUGAAUGGGAGUGUGCCCAUCGGUUUCACCAUCACGAACCGUCCACCAGUUCCGGGAGAGAGGUGCAGCUACUUCGACCCCGUCUUAGACGCUUGGUCGGAUGCCGGAAUGGAGCUUGUGAAUGGCAGCUACAUCGACGGUGCAGAUGGAGCCAAUGUCUCCUGGUGCGUGACGACGCAUACGUCAAUGUUUGCCUUGAUUCAGAGUCUUCCACUGGAUCUACUCCACGAGAGCGACGACAACUCACUGCAGCUCGGCAAUGUGAUCUUGGAAUUUGGGAAUGUGUCAGGGUACAUGGCGGCCAUCGGUGUCACACUGGGCAUGGUGUUCAUCCUCUGCGUGAUGACUUUGCGCCGCCUUGCCGAGUCCAAGUCCCAGUUCGAACUGAAGGAGGACGGCGACUCGGGCGACGAAGACGGCCAAGAUCCAAGGGAGAGCGAGUUUUUCUAUGAGGACUUCUGCAGAAAGUGCAGGGGCACAGGGGAACUUGGGAACUGA